CUGAACUACGUUACUGAUGCUCCUUCUCACCUGAGGCUGAACUGAAGUGGAGCCUACGUGAAAGCAGUGUGGCGGUAAUUCCCUCACCCACCGCCAGGCGGAGCAGCUCUGUUUCUCUGCAGUCAGGAUGACAGGGGGCUCCUCAUCAGUCAGGCAUCAUCACCAUCACCCAACAGCGGCCUGUGAGAGAAAAAUGCCCGAAAAGUCAUGGAAACUGUUGGAGGUGUCGCUCCAGCGCGGCGGCGGGACACACUACGAUAUAGAGCACCGCAGCUCUGACUUCCACUGAAGGCUCCAUCACUAUGUCCAUGGCUUAAUAAUGCGGCGUCACUGGCUGUUGGUUGGUGCUUGUGGAUGGGUGCUGCUCGUCCUUGUGUUCGCCAGCAAGUUCAUCAACUUCGGCUUCAGAAUGCCAGAUGACUAUGGGGGAAGGCCUGAAAUGCUGAAUUGGACCUUUUCACCCAUAAAGACUGUGAAAGCCCCACCCGAGCAGCUCGUACAGAAGGCAGCAUCUCAGCCAUCUCCAGCAGUGACUCAGCUUUUCAGUGUCCAGUCCUCAGGUGGCCUGGCUGAAGUCGAGCUUUCAGACUGGCACUCAGUGACUGUGCAGCGCUUGCAGCUUUUGUCCAGCGUUUGCAGGAACUCCUCUCUCUGGAACCUCACUCACACUCCACUGCGCAAGUUUGUUCUCGACCGCAUCUUUGUUUGUGACAAAUACAAGAUCCUUUUUUGCCAGACGCCCAAGGUUGGCAACACACAAUGGAAGAAGGUUCUCAUUGUUCUCAAUGGAAAGUUCUCCAAGGUUGAAGAUAUACCUGAGAAUGUGGUCCAUGACCACGAGAGAAAUGGUUUACCUCGCCUGUCCUCUAUGAGUGACGCAGAGAUCACUGAAAGAUUACAUACGUACUUUAAGUUCUUCAUUGUCAGAGACCCCUUUGAGCGUCUCAUAUCGGCCUUCAAGGACAAGUUUGUGAAGAACCCGCGCUUCGAGCCAUGGUACAAGCACAACAUAGCACCUGCCAUUAUUCGCAAGUACCGCAAAAGUCAUCAAGACACUGACGAAAGUGCUGGCUUACACUUUGAGGACUUUGUCCGUUACUUGGGCGAUGAGCCUGGCCGACAGCACCUGGAUCGGCAGUUCGGCAACCACAUCAUCCACUGGUUAACCUACACUGAACUGUGCGCUCCAUGCGACGUUUCGUACAAUGUGGUCGGGCACCAUGAGACUCUUGAGCUUGACGCCCCAUAUAUUCUGAAAGCUGCUGGCAUUGCAGAUUUGGUGUCGUACCCCACCAUCCCACCAGGGAUAACCCGUUACAACCAGACCAAGGUGGAGCACUACUUUUCUGGAAUCAGCAAGCGGGACAUUCGCCGCCUCUAUGCUCGUUACCAGGGUGACUUCAGCCUUUUUGGCUACCACAGACCCGAUUUCCUGUUGGACUGAUGAGAGGCUUGCUAUGUCUAUUUUUGUGGAACACACUACUAAAGGAUAUUUUGUAAUACUGGAGAGAUUUGCCAGAUUGCUGGCAAACCAGUGUUUUCUGUUGCCUGAUAGAGAUGGUAUUGAAAUUUUGCCCUUUUGCACUGACCUUGGACCAGCUAUGUGUUUUUCAUGGUCAUGAUUUUAUUACAUGAAGCAAUCUUUAGGUCAACACUAAGAAGCAGCUGCGAAGUGGAGCAGCUAAAAAGGACUUGCUGGGGUUUAGAGCAUCAUUCUGGUGAAGUUGAUUGCUGCCUUGUUACUGCUUGGUCCCAGUUUUUGAGUCUUGAUACUUGGUUGCUACUGUAUUUGCCAUAUGAAAAUGAAAGUGCCACAUUCUGAUGUUAUUUAACAAAGGUUACUCUUAGUAUUUUACUAGAAGGUACUUUACCCAUUUGAAAUUGAACUUACAUACACUCUGUGACUUUAGAACAGCAUAAUGGUCUUCCUGCAACUUUCUGUAAAACUGGAUGAUGCUGUUCUUCUCAGAUUCCUUGAAUUCUGAAGCUGUACAGUACUGUGCAAAUGUGUUCCUUUUCGUUAAUUUAAAUUCCUGUGAAAAGUACAGCUAUUAAGAACAGGUUAUGCACAGGUUUUUAAGCAUUACAAGGAAAAAAGCAAAACACAUAUAAUGGCAGAUUACACAGAAGCCUCAACAACUAAACGCAAUAUUAAAUUUUUCUGUAUUUAUUUGUCCACAUUCUGCCUUCAUUACAGCGUUUCUUUCUUUCUGGGAGACUUUCUUUCAGUUUUUAAAAUAAAUAUGCAGGAAUAUUCUUCCAAACCUCUCAAAUUCAGUCUUAGAAGUUGGCUACGUUUGCUAUUUCUCACAAGCCAAGAAAUCUUAACAGCGACAUACAUGGUUCACUUCACGCUUCGAGAAAAAAAAACUCACUAGAAGCUGGUAUUUCCAAUUUUAAUUGAAUCCUGACAAAUUAAAUUAAAAAAAAUCAUGAAAUAAGAUUCUAGUGCCAAUUUCCUUCCUUUUUUAUCUGCUUCCAUUUCUCGUCAACGGCUUCUUGACUGCUACACAUCCUUUCAGACUCAUAGUGUCAAGUUGUCUUCUCACAGUGGAAGGAUAGACAGAAACACAACAAUCAAGAGUGAAGCUUGAUUUUCUCCUCUCUCUCCAAGAUGAUCGCUUAUGAAAGUUUAUCUGAUGGUGACGGGUUUGGUGGUCUACCAGGUCUUUUACGCUGGUUAGGAGUUCCAUUUACACUGAAUCUUUUAAUCAUUUGUUGUUGAGGCUUCUGUGUAAUUUUCUGUUAAAUUUACACAGAAGCCUCAACAACCUGACAUUGAAAAUUGAUGAACUUAAUGGCUGUUUGAUUGGAGAUUAAGUAGAGAAAAGUUUGGUCUCUGACUUUUGCAUAGUACUGUGUAUGUGAGAGUCACAAGUUCUAAUUACGUUCUGACCACAAACGUUCUAAUAGCUUUGUUUACAUCAUUGUAAACAGUACAUUUUAAAGGUCUUUAUCAUUGCCCCUUUAUGGGGCAAGAAAAUUGCUCUGAGCUCUUGAAGCAUCUAAAAACAGUUUUGUUAAAGUAAAUCACAGAGUUGCUCUAAAGUAACUAACCUGUGUGCUGCACACUGAAGAUUCUUCUCUAUUCUCUGCUUCAGGUACUAUAGUUAUCAUUUUUAGGGCUGUGGAUUUUGGGAAAUUGCCCAUUUUGGUUUUUUUUUGGGACACAUGCAUCAACUUGUCUUCCAAAUGUCUGCCUCUCCGACUCCACUUACAAAACUGACAGAGGAACAUAGUUUAUUUACUAAUAGGAUAAUAUUAUUGAAGAAUCCCGACAACAAUUUCUAAUAAAUAUUAAAAUGUCUCACAUUGAAUGUGAACGUGUAUUUUCUAGCACACCUCUGACUGUGUUUAUGGAUGAAUGUCUCUCGUUUUUUUUAAUCAACAGCACAUUUUGUAUUGUGAAGUAACAGUUAAUUUAUGUUUAAACAGUCAUAUGCAAAAG